AUCAGUAGUUUUCCUCUUCCUCCUUCGCCAUAUGCUAGGCAAUUAAUUCGUGUUCCUCCUGUCGACUACGUGAUAUAUUAGUCCUAGUGCCUGCAACAGAUGGCUGAUUGGAGCAUGGAACCUCAAGUCUUUAUUCCUUGCAACUUUCAGCAGGCCGAUUGGUCCCUGGAAUCCGCUUUGUGGGUUCCUGGCCUCCCUGUGUCGUGUGAGCCCGAGUCCACUGAGAUGACAUGUUUAGAAGAAACAUUUGUCCCAGCUAGCUCUAGCAGAGGACAGCAGAUGCUCCGCAAUGCACCUAAACCCAUAAUCACUGAUGGUACAGUAAUUCGUCAGUUCCAGAUAGAUUCAGAUGAGCUUCAGGGUGAUAUCACGCUGUUCGUAGAUAAGAUGUAUAGGUACCCUCCGGUCAUUCGAGGUCUCACCGAGCGGUACACCGUUCCCACGGUCGUGUCCAUCGGUCCCUACCACCGUGACCGUGCCCUACGCGGCGGCCCCCUCAACGAGGCGGAGGAGGCCAAGUGUAUGGCCGCCUACAACGUUCCCCUCUACGAGAAGGUAUCCUUGACGACGAGUUCCUGCCUAUGAUGUUCUUUGAUGCUUGCUUCUUGGUGCAGUUCAUGAUUGCUUAUGCUAAACCGGAUGACGAGAUGCCAAAAGAUAAUGUCUGGUUGUCCAGUUACUUCGACCGCAACUGCUUUGACAUCUUGCAUGACGUCUUGCUGCUUGAGAACCAGGUCCCGUGGAUCGUGGUUCAAACCAUCAUGUGGUUCACCCCCGACAUCAACAUGCACUUGCAGGGCUUCGUUUCUAAGUUGCAGGGCUGUCUGCAAGAUCGCCAGGAUCUCGAGAUCAGUACUGAUGUCCUGGAUGGUGUCACACGGCCGCCACAUCUCCUCGGGCUAUUCCAAAUGUGUAUCGUAGGAAGCAACGAGUCUAGUGUAGGCGACCUGAUCAAGCCAUUUUCUGUUAGCGCCAUUGAGCUGGCGAAAAUCGGCAUCACGCUCGCACCCAACAAGACAACAGAGCCUGCAAAGGUUUCCAGGAUUAACAUCAGGGAAAGUAGGCUCACUGCCGAGCUUGAAAUGGCACCCUUGUCCCUAAACCAUCUAUGUGCAUCCGUCCUGGUCAACAUGGCAGCUUUGGAGUUAUGCUUGCCACAUCAUUUCACUAUAGGAGGGAUCGAGAAGUAUGCUGUCUGCUCAUACCUCCGCCUCCUCGCCAUGUUGAUGGACCGAGGCGAGGACGUGCACGAGCUGCGAGCAAAGAACGUGCUGCAUGGAGGAGGACUAACCAACAAGGAGGUCCUCCACUUCUUCUCCACUCUUCAGUGCCUGCGCCCUGGACCUUUGUAUUAUCGCACCCUUCAAAAGAUUGAGACCUACCGUCAAGACAGGCCGCUACGGGUCAAGGGGUAUGCCUUUUUAUACAAGUAUCUAAAGAAGAUUCUCGUGGCGUUCUCCGUCGUUACCGGACUGAGCGGUAUCACGGGGAUGUUCAUUACAGCUCUUAGGAAGGGUAGCUAGCACUAUCAGUAAGCAAUGCUUGCUUUACGACGAUGUGAUCCAUGUACUGGUCGAUGUUCUAAGCUCUAAUUUCCUUUUGGUAAAAUUCCUUGUAUCUGAAUUCCAUU